AUGGAUAAUUUAAUAGGUCAUGGGCUUCGUCUAGCUUUGGCUCUGUACAGGGCACCCAAAGAUGUGCGCACGAGCGAUAAACCUGCGAUUGAGCUCGUCCAAAGCUAUCGAGCAAAAAUGUAUGCUGAAGCCACCAAUUCUAAACAAGUCGAUCUUGUACGCAUAAUCUCGACUGUCAAUGCGUUAACCGAGCAUAUCAAGGGUGUCUAUUUCCAAGUACAGGCUUGGUAUGGUUCACAAGGUCAAGACGAGACCUUGAAUCCGUUGGAAUGGGGGUGGGAAUUGGUGGAUGGAGGACUCAGUCCUGUCACCAUGACUCAGGAAGCCGGUUCCGAGGAAAUUUUAAACAAAAUUUCUUGUUCUUGUGAAACCGACUGUGGCACGAGGUGCGGGUGCCUCCGAAGUGGGUUGGAGUGCUCACUUGCAUGCAAGCAUUGCGAUGGCAAUUGCUCAAACCAAAAAGGCACUUCCAAUGGGGUCGAGAAUAGUGACGAGGAAAAAGAUGAAGAAGGGGAAAAAGAAGAGUUUGAACAAGAUGUUUAA